AUGACGUCAAACCCACCUGACAACCCGGAAGUAGGGUUGUUCGUUCGCUGGCGCACAGAGCUAACGCGCUAGCAUAUCGUAUGCCUCUGGAAGACAUGGGGUCUGUGUCCCUCAGCCAUUACUGACAGCGGCACAGCUGAGAGUCCGUGAAGAAUAAGAAAUAUCAGGGAGAGCCCUCUUUAUAUCAAGCUGCUGGGUCAGGCGUGAACAUGGAGUCUAUGCUGAACAAGCUGAAAAGCACCGUCACCAAGGUGACGGCAGAUGUCACCAGCGCCGUCAUGGGCAACCCGGUGACGCGGGAGUUUGAGGUUGGACGACAUAUUGCCAGCGGGGGUCCUGGCUUGUGCUGGAGGAUCUACAAUGGCACCAAGAAGUCCACCAAACAGGAAGUAGCGGUGUUUGUGUUUGAUAAGAAGACGAUCGAUAAGUAUCAGAAAUUUGAGAAGGACCAAAUCGUGGAUUCGCUGAAAAAAGGGGUGCAACAGCUGACCAGACUGCGUCACCCACGCCUCCUCACGGUGCAGCACCCGCUCGAAGAGUCACGAGACUGCCUGGCGUUCUGCACAGAGCCGGUCUUUGCCAGUCUGGCCAAUGUUCUGGGCCAGUGGGAGAAUCUGCCCUGCCCGAUGCCCAACGACAUCAAGGAGUACAAGCUCUAUGAUGUGGAGACCAAGUACGGCCUGCUACAGAUCUCUGAGGGUUUGUCCUUCCUCCACGGUGGGGUGAAAAUGGUCCACGGCAACUUGUGUCCAGAGAACGUCAUCCUCAACAAGAGCGGAGCGUGGAAGAUCAUGGGCUUCGACUUCAGCAUCUCCACCAUCAACCCCUCGGAUGCCGAGCCCAAGUACACAUGUAAAGAGUGGGAGCCCAACCUCCCUCCGCUCUGCCUCCCCAACCCCGAGUACCUGGCCCCCGAGUACAUCCUGUCCGUCAGCUGCGACUCCGCCUCCGACAUGUACUCGCUGGGCGUGGUCGUGCAUGCCGUCUUCAACGAGGGCAAGCCUGUUUUCCAAGUCAACAAGCACGACAUAUUCAAGAGCUUCAGCAGGCAGCUGGACCAGCUGAGCAGCAUAAGUCCAACGGUCUUGAACAAGAUCCCAGAGGAGGUCAGGGAGCACGUCAAAAUGCUGCUGAGCAUCACACCCAACGUCCGACCGGACGCGGACCAGAUGACCAAGAUUCCGUUCUUUGAUGACGUGGGCGCUGUGACCCUGCAGUACUUUGACUCCCUCUUCCAGAGGGACAACCUACAGAAGUCCCAGUUCUACAAAAGCCUCCCCAAAGUGCUGCCCAAGCUGCCCAAGAGAGUGGUGGUGUAUCGUAUCUUGCCGGCGCUGACCUCCGAGUUCGUCAACCCGGACAUGGUGCCCUUCGUGCUGCCCAACGUGCUGCUGAUCGCAGAGGAGUGCACGAAGGAGGAGUACGUUCGUCUCAUCAUGCCUGACCUCACGCCCGUUUUCAAGCAGCAGGAGCCUGUUCAGAUCCUGCUGAUAUUCCUGCAGAAGAUGGACCUGCUGUUGACCAAGACUCCUUCGGAGGAGAUUAAGAACAGCGUGCUUCCUAUGGUCUACAGAGCGCUGGAAGCUCCCUCUGUACAGAUCCAGGAGCUGUGCCUGAACAUCAUCCCGACGUUUGCCAACCUGAUCGACUACCCGUCCAUGAAGAACUCCCUGAUCCCUCGAGUCAAGUCGGCCUGCCUGCAGACCUCUUCCCUCGCCGUUCGGGUGAACUCUCUGGUCUGUCUGGGGAAGAUUUUGGAAUAUCUCGACAAGUGGUUCGUGAUAGACGAGAUCCUGCCCUUCCUGCAGCAGAUCCCCUCCAGAGAGCCGGCGGUGCUGAUGGGCAUUCUGGGCAUCUAUAAGUGCACCUUCAGCCACAAGAAGUUGGGCAUCCCCAAAGAGCACCUCGCCACCAAGAGCCUGCCCCACCUGGUCUCGCUCAGUAUCGACAACAACCUCAACCUCAACCAGUUCAACUCGUUUAUGGCGGUGAUUCGGGACAUGCUGAGUCGCAUGGAGGCUGAGCACAAGACCAAGUUGGAGCAGCUGCACAGCAUGCAGGAGCAGCAGAGGAGUAUAAACAUCUCAAACCCGGGGAGCCAAUCGGAGACGACCACGAGCCCACCCAGCAGCAGCAAACAGAUCGAUGAUAUCUUUGGCAGCGCGGGCGCUAGCGGGAGGGAGAACGGCUCUGCAGCGGCGCCAGCCCCGCAGCCUAAUAGAAUGUCCCUGACCUUAAAGGAAAAGCAGCGAUUGGCCAAGGAGCAGGAGCAGGCGGCCAAGCUGAGGAACCAGCAGCCACUGGCCCCACAGAGCAUCAAACCAGCCCACAACAGCAACGCAAAGACGAAGGAUCUGACGAGCAGCCUGCUCAACAGCAUGACGUCCCUGAGCGCCAUGUCCUUGGCCAACACGGCACGACCAGCUCCGGCGCACGGCGCCGCCGCCAUCUCCACCUUCCCCUCCGCCGGCCCGAUGAUGGGCUCGAUGGGGGGGCCCGUCUCAAACGGCUUCAACGCGCCCAUGGGCUUCCAGGCGGGCGCUAUGGGCAUGCGGCCCCCCGGCCCCGGCCUCUACGGGGGGAUGGCCACCGCCACCAGCACCCCGAACUUCGGAGCCCUCCCGCAGAGUCAAGGACCCAUCGGGCAGACGAACAAGGCCCCCGACUUGUCGGCCCUGGACAGCCUUUUUACCCCCAACCAGACCAAAGUCACCCUCAACCAAAUGGGUCCGAAGGCCGGACCCGGACCCGGCGCCGCCAACGCCCCUUGGCUAAAUCAGUUCCAAUCGGCCCAGAACGCUCAGACUCAGGUGCAGGGCGCGGCGGGGGCCAUGGGCGGAGUCCCCAGCGGCUUCGGGAUGCAAGCAAACCCCUUUUUCAGCCCGCAGAACUUUUCUCAACCCGCUAACCUGAACCAAAGUGGAAUUAAACACAGCGCAUCCGUCAACAACGACCUCAAAGACUUGUUUGGCUAGUAUUUUAAACAAAUAAAUAUGAAGAUUCCGGGUUAAGUAUAUUCUUUUAGGGACUUUAGGGCAGAAGAGCCUUGGAAUUCUCCCGGACCGAGACACUGGUUGAAUGUGAAGGUUUCCAAUCCUUCCGAGGCUCUCGUCCGUCUGUGUUUUUAACAUGACCUGGUAUAAACUCUCCUUUCAGCUGGCAUAUUAACCCCGCGCCUGAAUUCCAUUCCUACGAGACGCUGUGUUCUAUGCUGUGUUCUCUGAAUGCUGAUGGGUUUCCUACUAUUUUGUACUUGACAUUCUUGGGGAUGUUGUGGGUUGAGAUUAAUCCCGACUCUGUAUUUUCCGUAAGGUUUUUUGUCCAUGUCACGAGGUAUCGAUUGCAUUUCUCUUCCUGAACCAGUUGCAUCAGAAUCGCCCCUCACAAUAGGGGGGGGCGGGGUUAGGGGUCAAAUGGGCUGCACACCUGCCCAGUUUGAGGCUUCUGUAUCUGUACGACCUCUCCAGACUUUUUUUUUUUAGGAUUUGCUGCAUGUCUAAAGGGAUCAGAGAGUUGGCUUAAAAAAGGUCUAAUCCCUUUGAGAAGGUAGCUUGAAGUGUAGCAGUGACAGGCCUCUGAUCUGCAUCCAGGAGGCUCCUCAGUGGGGGAUAUCUUCUAAAGAGGGCUGCAGUCAGUCGCCGUGGUUUCACAGCACCAGAAAACUUCCAUUUCUGCAAAUCUGGUUGUCUUUUUUUUUUUUUUUUUUUUUAAAUCUUUUCAUUGCCGUAUCGUCAGGUUCUGAAGCUGCUACGGUUGCACUUUUUUUUUUGCUUUAUUUUUUACAUCAAAGCAAACGUGUAAAAAGGGAAGAUUUAUUUACGUCUGAUCAAACUGCGUUGACGAGCAUUUCAUUUUUUUUUUUUGGGAAACUUAAUAAUCGUUGUGUGGAGUUCUGUGAAUGCGUUUUGAAUCAGUGUCUUACAGUGGAACAGGGUUUGUGAAGUAGUUAUUACAGCAGUGGCCUCCUGACGAGGAGCACGUGCCUUACAGGGGUGCAAGUGUAGGACCAGACAUCCCAUCUGUUACUCCAGGGAUAAUAUUUCCCCUUUUAAUCAGCUGUCCGGCAUUAACUUCACAGAUUUAUUGCGUGUUAGUGUACUUGACCACAAAAGAUCUAAACUUACCAUUUUUAGCAUCUUUUUUCCAAAAGUGAUUCCACACAGUUUUAACUUCACAUACAACUGAAUUUUUCACAUUUAUUUAAAAAAAAAUUCUGAAAAAGCUCCCUGGCACCAUUUCUGUUGACCAAUUUGUGAAAUGAUGAAGAUUAACACAAUAUAUUUUGAUGCCAGCCCUUUUCAGCUGUGUGCUGGAGACAUGAUUAUGAAGUGUAAAUAUAGUUACCGGUAUUUAAAGAUGGAUUUCUCCUUGAGGGCCUUGGAUUUUAUUUUAUUUUUGAUGUCCUCAGGAUAACGGUUACGAGGCCUUUGAUGAGUUGUGUGCAAUAAUCCUCCCUCGGGGUUAAGGGUGCGGCAUCGAUGUGUCCUUUUACUUCAUCUCAACGGUAGUUACAGAUUUUCUAAACCGCCGAACAUUAACGCAGACUUUUUUUUACCUGGAUGUGCGGAUCAAAUGAGCCGUUUGGACCUCAUCACAAAGCGGAUGUGAUCCGUGCAGCGCGAUUCGCACAUCUUGCGGAAAACUAGAGCUUAUUCUUCUACGAGAUUGUUUGUACCCCCACUGUCAGCAUACGUGUAGUGUGGCCCCGUGUUUUAUGUGUUGAGUCGAUCACUGAAAACCUGUACAUAUCAAAGGAAAGUACACAACGUCAGAGUAUGUCACUUUAAUCAAGCAAAUAAAUGAUUACAUGGCAGUGUGAGUGAACAUUUUAACGUGCACAGUUCAUUAAAUGAAACCUCAAAGUUAA